AUGAGUCAGUUGAAUCAAGGGCCAGUAAAACUGCCCAAAAGUGGCAAUGAAUUUGAUGUGGCAAUUCGUCAACUCGAAAAGUUAAAUAGCUGGGAUCUAGGUACUGGAUUUUUCACUGAGACCCUGAAACAGCUAAAGGAGUUCGGGUUCAGUCUGUCAAUGCAAUACUACUCAACUACGAGAUACGCAGACCCACCUUCACAGAAUCUGGAAACGUUUUUAACUGAUUUGCAUCGAGCUUCUCAUAAUGGUAGUAACCAAACAGAAAAUGAGCUAAUGUCUUAUGCCCAUGUGGCUUAUACUAUCAAUUCAUCUUCUUCGUCCUACCCUAAACCAAAUUCAAUUAAUGGAGGAAUGGGAGGAGUGUUGGGCUCGCUACCUACAAUCAAUACAUCAUUUUCUGAAGAUAAAAAGCCACCUAGUGUGCAAGAAAAUCAAAGUCCAGGAUUCCACUAUGGACAAACAAACACGAGAUGGUCGUCUGACGAAUUGAAUUUUCUUGACCCUCUUCUCAUCAAUGACAAAAGCAAUGUCAACAGAACCCAUUCCAGAAGUUUAUCAACAGCAUUUUCAAUUGUACCUGACUCGACAGAGGCGGCACAAGAAAACUCACCGAUAAUUUUUGCAAAAAAAACCGAUUGUGUGCCACAAGAAUUUACCUACAAUUUACAAGCAGGCCUGAUACAGGAGAAAAACGCUUUGCUCAAUAGCAAUUAUCAUGGCAACUCUUCAUAUCUGAGUUCCAGCUGUGGCAACACUUACACGCUAUCAAACUAUCUGAGAAUCGACUCCGAUAGGGUCGAUGAGUUACGAGAAAACUUGAACCUUUUGCCAGCAUUUUCUUAUCCUCAUUCAACAGCUGAGUUUAUAAGCAAUAGAAGGUCUGAAAUAUCCAGUAGUACUUACAAUGACCUGAAGAAAUCAAUCUGGAGCUACGAAAGAGAUGACCCUUCAACACCAUCACCAUUGAAAUACCAUAAUCAGCCUUUGACAAUUCCCUCGUCGCCUGUUACUACUGGUGCAAUUAGUCAUGAUGCAACAGAACUGUUGAGUACUCAAAAAAAAGAGCCUGUUGGACAAACGGUGUCCGAAAAUGUAAGUUACCCACCACACUUGAAGCCACAACUGGAAAACGAACCGGUUUCUACACAGGCUGCCUCGAAUAGGGUGCGCAAAUAUGUAAAGAAGGAUAAAAAGCACCCACAGCUAAUGAUAUACCCUAUUAAAUUCAAAUUCAGAAAACGAAAGGAAGAUUAUCAAUGCUAUGCCAACCAGUGUGCCGAAUGGGAUAAUUUUAGAAAUACAGCAAGCACACUGCUUCGGUGCUCUCUGGUCAUUAAAAACACAGAAUCUCUGGGUUUAUCUGACAUUUACGAUAUAGGACCAAAAGUCUUACCGAAACCCUUCACAAAGGAGUUUCACGAUUUGAAAUAUCACAAAUUCGUCCCCUUGGGUCAAUUGAAACGACUCCCUGCUUUCCAGUUACCUCAUGGUCAAGAAUCGAAUUAUGUAGCUGAUAAACCCUCAAGAAGAACUCAUUUCCCCAAGAGACCUGCAAGUGGUAGCGAUUUAGGUGCUUUUAGGUUGCAACCUUCUAAACAAUUAGGAGAUGUGCAAUACGAUAGAUAUUAUUCAAGAUUGAACAUAUAUGAGCUAUCAAGAAUCUUGGAAUUGCAUUUAUAUGAUAUUGCAUUAACAAAGCAAGUUGAAAUUAGAAUUUUGGAAAUUUUUGGAAAUUAUUGCGAUUUUAGGUUGGGCCAUCAAACUUGGAUUAGAGAUACAGAUAAGGAGAAAAGAAAGUCGCUAAUUCGGCAAUUGUAUUCUUAUAGUUCUGUUUUUUACCCCGAAAUUGAUCCUUUUAAAUUAGAAGUGAUUAUUAGAAGAGGCAGCUAUAGUUUAAUGCAAUCGAGAUUGAGGAGAGAACGUCGUUCCAAAACGGCAAAGCGUUAA